GCAGCGAUGUCAGUCCAGGUUGUGGCAGCGAAAAUGGCAGAGGUCGAACUCAAAGACGUCCCCACCGGCAAAGACUUACCGGCUGGCUCCCCGAUGACACCGACCUCGGAGGGCAAGACCCUCGGCAGAAACGACCCGCACGAGGCCGGCUUCUCUGCUGCCGCGUCCCCAACAGCGGAGCCCUCCGCGAAAGCCGGAGAAGGCAGCCUGGGUUUGCUCAACCCGAACUCCGCGAAGAUGCCGCAGGCGUCGGCCAUGAAGCGGACCGACCCGCAGCAGAACGGCGGAGAGGCUUUUGUCAACCGUGACGGCACCGUGGCCGAGGCUCCGCGGAUGAAAAAGAUCCAGUUUGCGGACCAGAAACAGGAGUUCAGCAAACGUCCCUCCAAGAUCGGCCGGCGCUCCCUGUCCCGCUCCAUCUCCCAGUCGUCCACAGACAGCUACAGCUCAGCGGCGUCAUACACGGACAGCUCCGACGAUGAGACGUCUCCCCGGGACAAGCAGCAGAAGAACUCCAAGGGAAACGGCGACUUCUGCAUCAAAAACAUCAAACAGGCCGACUUCGGCCGCAGAGAGAUCGAGAUUGCAGAGCAAGAGAUGCCAGCUCUGAUGGCUCUAAGGAAGCGAGCCCAGGGGGAGAAACCCCUCGCCGGUGCCAAGGUGGUGGGCUGCACCCACAUCACUGCCCAGACUGCUGUGCUGAUGGAGACUCUGUCAGCUUUGGGGGCUCAGUGCAGGUGGGCAGCCUGCAACAUCUACUCCACCCAGAAUGAAGUGGCAGCUGCCCUGGCAGAGGGAGGUUUCAGUGUGUUUGCAUGGAAGGGUGAGUCAGAGGACGACUUCUGGUGGUGCAUCGAUCGCUGUGUCAACGUGGAAGGCUGGCAACCCAACAUGAUCUUGGAUGAUGGUGGAGAUCUGACUCACUGGAUCUAUAAGAAAUACCCCAACAUGUUCAAGAAGAUCAAGGGCAUUGUAGAGGAGAGUGUGACCGGCGUGCACAGGUUGUACCAGCUGUCCAAAGCUGGGAAGCUUUGUGUCCCAGCCAUGAACGUCAACGACUCAGUGACCAAGCAGAAGUUCGACAACCUCUACUGCUGCAGGGAGUCCAUCCUAGACGGCCUGAAGAGGACCACCGAUGUCAUGUUUGGAGGCAAACAGGUGGUGGUGUGUGGAUACGGAGAGGUGGGAAAAGGCUGCUGUGCCGCCCUCAAAGCAAUGGGCUCCAUCGUCUACGUCACAGAGAUCGACCCGAUCUGUGCCUUGCAGGCCUGCAUGGACGGCUUCAGGCUGGUGAAACUGAAUGAAGUCAUCAGACAAGUGGACAUCGUCAUCACCUGCACAGGCAAUAAGAACGUGGUGGUGAGAGAGUACCUCGACCGCAUGAAGAACGGCUGCAUUGUCUGCAACAUGGGACACUCCAACACGGAGAUCGAUGUGGCGAGCCUGAGGACUCCUGAGCUGACCUGGGAGAGAGUGCGCUCUCAGGUGGACCACGUCAUCUGGCCUGACGGCAAGAGAAUAGUGCUGCUGGCUGAGGGUCGCCUGCUGAACCUCAGCUGUUCCACUGUGCCCACCUUUGUGCUCUCCAUCACCGCCACCACCCAGGCGCUGGCUCUGAUAGAGCUGUACAAUGCCCCAGAGGGACGCUACAAACAGGAUGUGUAUCUGCUCCCCAAGAAGAUGGAUGAGUAUGUGGCCAGCCUACAUCUCCCUACGUUUGACGCACACCUUACAGAGCUGAGUGACGAGCAGGCCAAAUAUCUGGGCUUGAACAAGAACGGGCCCUUUAAGCCAAACUACUAUAGGUAUUAAAACCAGAGUCGGGGGGGUUGGACUGAAGAAAUGCAAAUACUCCAUGAAUGGCACAGCCUCAUUGAAGGAGAGGAGGAUAAGGAGAAGAGAAGGAAGGAAGGACGGAUGGACAGUCAACACACCUGCUUUAUAUUCGGGGGGGGUAGGGGAGGAGCUCAGCCUGAAGGGGGAGGGAGGGAGGGGGGGGGGUGUGUAAGGGCAUGGCGUUCCCUGCGCUUAUGGCAGCCGUUUUUAUUUAUUCACGCUCGACAAGAAUAAUGCUAACAUUAACUGACUCUGAGGAGCUGCUCCUGCCAUUCAUCAUUAGCCGGCUCCCAGACAUCUUCCUCUGCAAGAUGUUUUACUUCUCUUCCUCUCGUCACUUCACCACCAUUCUCUCUUUCUCUUUAGUCGCUCAUUUGUGUGUCGAGUUGUACGUGUGUCCUGCAUCCUCCCUCGCCAUUGCCAGAUCUUUUAUUGUUUAACUAUUAAAGAUGAAAUUAUUGAUGCUGAAAAGAUAUAUAUACUAUAUAAAAAAAAUAAAGUAAAAAAAAAAAUCUGUGUGAAUGAAAACGACCGUUUGAGAUUUAGUGACGGACAAUUUUUCCCUUCUUUUUUUUUUUAUUGUCUUUUCUUUUCUACCUGUGAUUAUGUUUUUAUUUUUCUCUUGCGUAAUGUUGUGAGGUUGGGGUUAGACCUAGUAGACGGGGUUAGGUGGGAUCUCAUGGUCCAAUCAUACCAUGUCUUUUUAUUUAAUCGUUUCAUUGAGAUUCUCUGUCUCUCUGUCUGUUUUUAAACUUUUUUUUUUUAUGUUCUUUUGGAUCAACCUGUAGUUUGUCAACUUCUUUUGUAGUAUGACUGAUUGGUGACCGGUACUUCCCACCUGUCACUCAAAGCCACAGUGAAACCAUCUCAUUGGCUGCUUCUUUCUUGGCUUCCAGUUGCUCACAUGUUGAAGUGAUGAGAACUAUUUCAUACUUGUGAGAGCUAGCCUUUUUCAUUUUGUCUCUUUCUUUACCAAGAAUAACUAAACUAUAUUUGAAGCAUGACAGGUUGACAGAUCAUUACAUGGGGUAUACUGUAUAUUCAGAUAUUUAUAUUGAAAUUAAGAUUUUUCUAUCUUUUUCUCUCCUGCGUCAUCUAAUAUCAUUACUUUUGGAAAAAAAAUCAAAUCAACAUAUGUCAAUAAGAUAAGCAAUUAAAUGUUCUAAUGAUAAGCGUAAUACAUGUACUUAACACUCACUUUGAAUACUGUGACAGAAAAUAUUUACAGAGAUACCAAAUGAACAGCAAGUUGCUACCUGGCCGGUACUUAAACAGAUCUCUUUAAAUCAGGUCCUCCUUGAAAAGUAUGAUGCUGUUAAGAUUUACUGUACUUACUAUACACACCACAACUCGUUGGUACAGAGGAAGUCAAGGGGUUCCGUUUGAAAAAUAAAAUCUGGGAUCUGAAUGCCA